UAACAAAAGCGACGAGGACGAGAGCGAGAAGUUCUCGAAAAUGUCUGAUUACGCCUCGACGCAGAGGAGUGCCUUGAAAAUAAAAGGUGUUGGGGACAUUUCUGCUGGGAAAAAGAAAAAAAAGAAGGACAAACAGAGUAAACAUCGCAUGGAGCAGGUUGUGAGCAGCCAAAACGAGGAGGAGGAAGUGAAAAGCAAGACAGCGUAUAUUGACAAAAGGACACCAGCCCAACUUGCUUUUGACAAGAUGCAAGAAAAAAGGCAAAUGGAACGGAUUCUGAAAAAGGCAUCAAAGACACACAAACACAGGGUCGAGGACUUCAACCGUCACCUGGACACUCUGACGGAGCAUUAUGAUAUUCCAAAAGUCAGCUGGACCAAGUAAAAGAGAUGCAGAGGUUCCUUGUUUUAUCAUUUUUACAACUUGUUUCCCCCUUUUGUGUUUGAAACGUUUAUUUUCUAGCUUAUGAAUAUACCAUUAAAAAGGAUGUUCAUUCUUUGGUGUGUAAUUUAUCAUGUGUACAAUAAAGAAUUUAAGUACUA